AUGUACAUGCAGCCCUCUGUACGUAAAGGUCUCAUCACCGAACCAACGUCGGCUCCUUUCGUCAACUACCAAGAUUCCGUUUGCAUACAAGACGGCCUGCCUUUCCCCGAUCUCUCCCUGGACGCGUCGUCGCUGCAGUACCUCGACCACCAGCACCAGCAGCAGACUCGUCUGCAGUCUCCCUUCCAGUACCACCACCAGAACCUCCAGUUCGUCUCUCCGCCGUCUUCCGCUCCCUCCUCGCCUUCCUCCUCUCCCGCCUCCUCCAUCUCCCACUACCCGGCCUCCUCGGCAGUCCCCGCGGACUACACUCUCGAGGCUCCUUCGAUGACACCUGCAUCCUCCUACAACCCUACAUAUCACUUCCAAGGAUCGGCCUCACCACAGUCCGUUCAACCUUACCUCCACCAAUAUCCCCAGCAGUUUCUUUUUGACAACUCCUCAAUGUUGGCCCAACAACCCGUCACCAGUGUCCACGGUUGGGAGGGAAACCCGCAGCUCUUGAGCCCCGCUCGCAUUCAGAAGAACUCGCAGCACAAGACGUCACCCAGCUCCUCCUCCUCGAGUAGGUCCGCUCCGGCGAGCAACUCCUACCAGAGGAACUCGAACGGGUCCGCUGCCGCCAAGCCUCUGCCUACUCCCGUUCAGACGCCCGUCCAGAACAACUUCCUGGCGACUCCCUAUCAGAACUUUGACCCCUCGUCGCACGAUGGUAGCCAAGUUGAAGUGGAGCUUGCUAUGAGACGGGCUGUGAUGGAACAGCGUCAGAAGCAGCAGCAGCAGCAGCAGCAGCAGCAGCAACAACAACAACAACAACAACAAUCCAGUGAAUACUCUUUGGCGCCUUCGGUGUCCAGUGUGAGCCAUAACUCGCCUGUCACGCCUCAGACGAGCUUCGAGGAUCCCGACGACGCAUCGAAGGCCAUGGUCAAUGGUGAGAAAUUUCCUGAUAUCGAUCGGUGGAUGGAUGAUUACUUACACGCCGAUGCGUUCGCAGAUUACGGCGUUCACAACGGAAACAACAUGUCGAUUGGCAUCCCCAAGCUCAAUCGCACCAUCUCCGAUAUCUAUCAGGACGAACUCUACAACCCCGCUCUCAUGCCGACUCCCCAGGUUCCCAAGCCAUCGGCCAACAACAACAACCAGCAGGCUCUCCUGACUCCCUACCGCAAUGUCUUUGCCGACCGACUGCAGGCCGCCAACCAGGGCCAUAUUUCGGCUCGCUCUCAAUCGCCCACGUCGGGCAUCAAGCGGGAACGGUCUCCCUUCCGACAGAACUCCCCCUUGGCCGCUGAAUUCAACAACCCCGGUCUUCAGCAGCCCCAGAUGGCCACCAGUAUGCCCAUGAGUCAACCCAUGGUCAACUCGCAGCAGCAGCAGCAACAGGGCCAAGGCGAACCGAAUACGAUGUCCCCCAAGGAUGCGCUGCUGGACUUCCACGAAGGCGAGGACGGCGGUCUGCCGCUGUUCCCGUCCAACCAGCCCGACUUCAACCUGGGUGACACCCUGGGACUGCGCCGGGAAAGCAGCUCCUCGUUCCCUCAGUCGCAGAACUUCAACUCGAUGGAAUCGUUCCCCAGUCAAUACGCUACGAACUUGGGAGUCGACCAGCAAUUCCCCUUUGGUCAGCGGCAGCAAUCGUCGCAGCAAGACGGCAGCAACAACCUCUUGCAGCAGACGCCGAACUUCCCCCCGUCUCUGCCCACCUUCGAGUCGACGGGUAGCGACGUGGCGCUCCCCACCACCGAGAUGACCUCCCCUCAGGCAGCUCAGCCGAAAUUGGCGGCUCACCCCGUCAACGAGGAAAUUACGCGGCCGGAAAACACUUCCGCGGACAGCGGCACCUACACCUGCACCUAUCACGGCUGCACUUUACGAUUUGAGACCCCCGCCAGGCUCCAGAAGCACAAACGCGAGGCCCACCGUCAGACGACCCCUGGAGGCCACCUUGUCGGCCGGGACACAACGUCGCGUAGCUCUCAGGCCGGCCCCCACCGGUGUGAGCGGAUCAAUCCUUCUACGGGCAAGCCCUGCAAUUCGAUCUUCUCGCGCCCCUACGAUCUGACUCGACAUGAGGAUACGAUCCACAACGCUCGCAAGCAGAAGGUCCGGUGUCAUCUGUGCACGGAGGAGAAGACCUUCUCACGCAAUGAUGCGCUCACCAGGCACAUGCGAGUGGUCCAUCCCGAAGUUGAUUGGCCAGGCAAGCAGCGACGGAAGGGCAGGGAGUAA